AUGCUACUCUCGACGGUCACGGCUCUCCUUACAUAUCUCCUCACGACAUUCACUCACGACGACAGCCACGAGUCGCCAAUUCUGCGGUUCGAGCUGCGCCAAUAUCAUGCUGUCUCGUCCGCGGCGCACGUCCUCUUUCACGACGCACCUCCGGCUCCCGAAUCCUUGAGACCACAGCAUACACUAGGAACACGACUCAUCAGAUCCCGUAGACCCUCUUCUCUCGCAGCCCUUUCUGAUGCACGCGCACGGUCACGCAAGUAUGCGGAGUCCGUGCCAAUCGACUGGGACGAUGACGACGUGAUCGGGCCCGACGUCGAGAGUCGUGAAACGCUCCUCGAGAUCGCGAAGAUGACGAACAAUGCGUAUCUAGAGCCUGCAGAGGCCGGCUGGUAUGAUCUGGGUGGCGGUUGGAACGUCACUUACCCCGUGGGCUGGGAACCCGACGCGGACGGCUUUCGCGGGCACGUCUUUGCGACGCCGGACAACAGCACGGUUGUGCUCGCGAUCAAGGGCACGUCCGCAGGCUUUGUCGGCGGCGGAGGUCCUACAUCGAAGAAGGACAAGUUCAACGAUAACCUACUGUUCAGCUGUUGCUGUGCCCGCAUUGACUGGACAUGGACGACGGUGUGCAACUGCUACCGCGGUGGGUGGAAAUGCGACCAGGAUUGCCUAGAGGAGGCACUGAUUGAAGAGAGCCUGUUCUACUCUAUCGGGACUAACUUGUACAACAAUAUCACGUACAUGUACCCGGAAUCCAACAUAUGGAUUAUCGGGCAUUCCUUGGGCGGCGCCCUCGCAUCGCUCCUUGGCGUGACGUUCGGCGCGCCCGUGGUUGCCAUCGAGUCCCCGGGCGAGAAGAUCGCGGCGGGACGGCUGCACCUCCCCUCACCGCCCGAGGUGCAGCAGCACAUCACCCACGUCUACCACACCGCGGACCCGAUUGCGAUGGGCACAUGCAACGGUGUGCUGUCGUCCUGCGCCCUCGGCGGAUUCGCCAUGGAGAGCCGCUGCCACCUCGGUCGGUCUAUCGUGUAUGACACCGUGACGAAUCUAUCCUGGGCUGUAGACAUACGCAAGCACGGGAUCGUUAAUGUCAUCGAAGAGGUGCUCUCACAUCCGUGGCCGCCAGCCGUGGAGGCGGGGCGAGAAGUCCCGGAGGCAAAGCCAGAAGAGGACUGUGUGGAGUGCUUCAGCUGGGAUUUUGGGGACUACCCGCCAUAGCUGAACUGGGCCAAGACGUUCGUGUCGGGACUGCCGGAUUUCUUCACAUUGCACACGUUCGAUGGGUUCUUCAGGAAACAAUGUUCAUGCCUUUGUAUUAUUUAGUAUGCCAGCCAUCCGCAUGAUUGAUGUGGUGUAUUGUGCAUUUGUAACUCAUC